GUUCAAGACUCAUGAGAAGUUUCGGACAGUGGAUUCAUGAUGGGAGAUGCUGAGGAGGACAUUGUUGUUGUCGGCAUUGGCUGUAAUUUCCCAGGAGGAGAGGGGCUUGACAAUUUCUGGAAGGUUCUGUUGGAGGGGAAGAACUGUGCUUUACAGAUUCCCGAUGAAAGGUUUGUCUCUUCCCACUGGUAUGACCCCAAUGACAACAAAGUUGGAAAAUCGCGCACGGCUAAGGCUGCACUCGUGGAUGGGUUUAAUGAGUUUGAUCACAAGUUCUUUGGCAUCACUGAAACAGAAGUGGAACAAAUGGACCCCCAGCAAAAACUCCUUCUUCAGUGUGCAUAUAGGGCUCUGGAGAAUGCUGGGAUGCCAAUGGAGAAGGCCAGUGGGACCAAGACAGGAGUAUUUAUAGGGCUUAUGAACAGAGAUUAUGAACAAUCUGUUGGACUUAUGAACCCAAAUUUAAUCAACCACUGCACCGGUACCGGACUUUCUAUGAGUAUAGCAGCAAACAGAGUCUCAUACAUCUUCAACUUCACUGGACCCUCACUCUCCAUUGACUGUGCCUGCUCUUCAUCCCUUGUGGCUCUUCAUUUAGCUUGUCAAGCCAUAAGACAAGGUGACUGCGAGAUGGCUCUUUGUGGUGGCGUCAAUUCUAUCAUACAGCCGCUAGCCUUUGUCGCGCUCAGCAAAGCAAAGAUGAUUUCACCUGAAGGCACCAGCAAACCUUUCUCCAGCAGAGCGGAUGGCUAUGGCAGAGGAGAGGGCUGUGGGAUUAUUCUGCUGAAGACACUAAAAAAAGCUCUCAAGGAGAAUGACCAUGUAUGGGGCAUCAUAAGCAACACUGCUGUUAACCAAGACGGCCACACAGUCACUCCAAUCACCAAGCCAUCCAUGGUCCAGCAAGAGGAGCUGCUGCGUGGAAUCUAUUCAGAGUCUGACCUGUUAUCGGUCCAGUACAUAGAGGCUCAUGGGACUGGAACUCCAGUGGGAGAUCCCAUAGAAGCAGGCAGCAUCUCCAAAGUCAUUGCCAAAGCCAGACCUCCAGGUCCAGAGACACUCCUCAUCGGCUCUGUGAAAGGCAACAUUGGACACACUGAAUCUGCAGCUGGAGUGGCAGGGCUAAUCAAGGUACUCCUAAUGAUGAAACAUGAAACCAUUGUCCCUUCACUGUUCUACUCUGAGGACAGUUCCAGUAUAGAUGCUAAAGCUUUAAAUUUAAAGAUCCCUACUAAAGCAGAAAAGUGGAGAGAUUCCAGUGCAAGAGUUGCAGGAAUAAACAAUUUUGGUUUUGGAGGAACAAAUGCACAUGCUAUUGUCAAACAACACAAGCAGUCAAAUGUUCCUCAAAAAAGUGGUAGGAAAUCACACAAUUUAUUUGUCCUCUCUGCCAGUUCUGAAAAGUCUAUGAGUAUGAUGAUGGAGGACACAAUUCAACAGAUAGACAGAGACAACAAAGGUGAUCUAGAAGCUCUUGCAUACACAUCUGCAUGUAGAAGAAGCCACUUGAAACAUCGAUAUCGGAAAGCAUUCAGAGCUCCCUCUCUGGCUGAUCUUAAAGAUCAACUCAAAUCUGCCAUGAAAAAGGUAACCACGCCGUCUUACUCAGAUCCCAGGCUAGUGUUUGUCUUCUGUGGGAACGGUGUAACCUAUCAAGGCAUGUGCCAGCAGCUCUUGAAACAUGAGUCUGUGUUCAGAGAGAAGAUCAGACAAAUUGAGAAGCUUUUCCAGAAGUUCAAUAACAUGAGUAUCAUAGAGAGACUUGAGAGUGAAUCAGAGAGUAAAGAUCUUUCAAACCCAGAUGUUGUCCAGCCCCUCCUCUUUGCCACUCAGGUUGGCAUAGCCAGUCUCUUCAAGCACUGGGGCAUCAAACCUGAUGCCAUUCUUGGCCACUCUAUAGGAGAGGUUGCUGCUGCCCACUGCUCUGGUCUGUUGUCCCUUGAGGAUGCAGUGAAGGUGAUCUACUUCCGCAGUACUCUGCAGAAUACGGUCACAGGAGGGAAAAUGCUUGUGGUCAGUAACAUGGUCGUAUCAGAGGUCUUGAAUCUCCUUCCCUCUUACUCAAAUAAGAUUUCCUUGGCUGCCUUCAACAGCCCACAGUCCUGCACGCUCUCAGGUGAUGCAGAGGCUAUAGACAGUCUCCAUCGAAAGCUGAGCAGCUCAGUCAAGAGUAAGAAUCUGUUCCUCCGGGUUUUGGAUGUCCCUGCUGCAUACCACAGCCAGAUGAUGGAUCCCAUCCUGUCUCAACUAGAGGACAGUAUUGGCUCUUUACAAGUCAAUGAUGUUGAGACAGAAUUGUUCUCCACAGUAACAGGAAAGGAGGUAGAGCAGCCAGACUUCAGCACAGGCAAAUACUGGGCCAGGAACAUACGAGAGACAGUUUCAUUUGAACAGGCAGUGAGAUCUGCAACCAAAGGGAAAAAGAAUGUAGUCUUUGUGGAGAUUGGCCCUAGAAGGGCUCUACAAAGAAACAUCCAGGAGACUCUUGGAAAUGACACCAUAGUUCUGUCCUCAGUGCAGCCAGAAAAAGAUCAUGAGACAAUGCUGAAUACUGUAUCCAAACUGUUUGAGUUGGGGGUUCAGGUAGACUGGGAUCAGUUCUACAGAGGCCGUGAGGCUUCACCAACAUCUUUCCCAAGGUAUCAGUUUGAUUCUACUCGGAGAGAUGUUAUCAUGGCUGCAUCAAAGGUACAUCACACAUCAGGUAAUCAUCCUGUGCUAACUCAUACAGCUAGCGAUAGCAAUACCUUCAUUUGUGAUCUGUCUUCUGACUCAGUAUCCUACCUGCAUGAGCAUAAACACAAUGGCGUUGCCAUAAUCCCCGGUGCCUUCUAUACUGAGUUGGGUUUGGCUGCCUUCAUGGCCAGUGCCAAACCAAAGGUUCCACUCAACACACUGCAAGUCAGUAUCAGUUUUCAGAGUCCCUAUGUUUUCACACAGAAUGCACCAGAGAUGAAAGUGCAACUUGAACCAGCAGUGGAUGAGACCCAUUUUAAGAUAUAUUCUCCCUCCACAAACCAUGCAUCAGGCACAAUAACGUGCAAGCGAGGACAGCUAGCUGAAGAACAGAACAUUUCGCUAAGCUCAAUCUACAAAAGAUGCAAUUCAGUGUUGAGUUCUGAAAAGUUCUACACUGAAAUUGCUCUGGGUGGGUUUCAGUAUGGCACUGUUUUCCAGAACACGGGGGAUAUACACUAUGGUAAAGAGUUUAAGGAGGCGUUUUCAGUUGUCACAGUUCCAGAAGAAUUGCUGUCUCAGUUGCAUGAAUACUGCAUUCACCCCGUAGUGUUAGACUUCCUGAUGCAACUUGCUCCUGUUACAGUAGCAUAUGGACUCUCUUCAAGGCCCAGGUUUCCUGUCAAAAUAGGCAGCUUGACAGUGUUUGAACCUCUGCAAGAGGAAAUGAUUGUGUAUCUGAAAGGAAUUGAUGAAGGUGUUGAUCACUAUGAAGUAUGUGGUUGCUUUACAGACAAAGAGGGAAGAGUUUUGGUUGAGCUUAAGCAUGUGGUGAUUAAAUAUCUUGGGAGCCGCUCUCAUGUUGUGGAAGAAUACUUCUUCCACAAUGAAUUCAAUGUUGUCUGUGAGGAUAUCAUCUCCUCUAAUGCCAGCGAGGCACCAAAGGCCUUGGUAUUUUCCGACCAGGUAGGCCUUCCAAAAGCCAUGCAACCACACUUAAGUUCACAGUCUAGAUACAUCUCCUUCACACAAUCUAAGGAGGUCUUGAGCCAUGGAUUCCCUACACUCCUGGCAAACCUUAAUAUCACAGAUCUCAACAAACACUUCCAGGAAGUGUUAUUUGUGUGGGGCCAGGAAGAUGUUACUUCACUGAGAAAUGAGUAUGUUCUGGAGAGUAUGAUAAGCUGCUGUGAGAUGCUCAGGAAAAUUGUCCUGUCAUUGAGGGCCAUGCAAUUUACAAAUUCCAUCAGAGUAAUAACCUACCGGUCGGCGGAGAACACGGUGGACUGUAUCAACCCAGGCUUUGUCCUGUCAGGCAUGACUAGAUCGUGUGCUGCAGAAAUGGAAAAGCUUUCCAUCCAGCUGAUUGACAUCAACUCUGUCUCUACAGAAGACAUCAUAGCUCUGUCUCAGGUCUUAAAGUCAUACCCUUGCAAAAGAUACCCAGAGUUGGUUGUGAAAGGUGGGCUGAUUUUGAAACCUGAUAUUGUACAUACUCCCAUUGGAAGCAUUGAGAGCACUGAGGGAAGUAUUUUCUCUUCAAUGUCUGAGCCAUGCAUCUUUCAGACAAAUGACCCAUGCAGAAUGACUAGCUUGUCUGCCAUUCCUUGUGAUGUUGACAAUACAAACAUCCAUAAGAAAUCAGUUAAGAUUCAGCUCAGUAAGAUAGGUAUUCAUUCCUCAGACUACUAUCCUGUCAGUGUCUCUGAGCUGAACUAUGGUCAGACAAUGUACUGGAACAAUCACACAUCUCAGAACCACCAGCUUGUGGCUCUUGACUUCAGUGGUAUUGUCACAGCUGUAGGGAAAGAUGUGAACACACUGAAAGUGGGAGACCAUGUAGUAUCAUGUUAUCCCAUUGCUGCAUCUUCUACGAUUGUGAUUCCUGAAGCAGCAUGCUACAAGACAAAGAGGCUCACAUUUCUGACGGAGGCUCCUUGUGUGUCCUACUUUGUUCUGGCAUGGGAGAUACUGCACAGACUGUUACCUACCAUCAAACAACGGAGAAGGUUGAGCAUCAUCGCCUCUGUUCCUGACUCUAGUUUGCUGAAGGUCCUAAUCCAGACAGCAAACAAAUCAAGAUGGAAAGCCAUUGUAGGGACACAGUGCAGUGGAAUGUUUGCUGAUGCAAUUCUCCUCCUUCCACCAUUUGAUAAAUCUCUGUUGGCAGACGUCAGCAAUUGUCCUGAUGUCAGACAUGUUGUCAUUGUCUGUGAAUCCCAGUCCCACUGCUUGCUUGAACAGAGUGUUUUCCAGAAUGUUAAGGAUAGUGUUCACAUCCAGACUCUUCAAAUGUCCAGCAUCUUACAAAAGGGAUCACUCAUUGCCAAGAGGCCACAGAUUUAUAAUUGGCUAAAGUCCAUGCAUUUGGGAAUUUCUUUAGAGACCUCUACCUUACAGAGAAUGUCAUCCGGUAGCAUUGACUUCCUGUCUGUUGAGUCGUACUUCAGCUCAAAGACCCUGUCUGUUGUGGCGCUGGGUAAAGAUGAUUCCAAAGGCCCACUGUCCAACAUUCAGUUGCUGCCUAAACCAACCCAGCUAUUCCAGAAGAAGUCUGUGUACAUUGUCACAGGUGGUCUCUCUGGGCUGGGGUUUGAAACAGUGAAGUUCCUUGCUCAGAAAGGUGGAGAGUACAUCGUCAUACUCUCCAGAAGUAGCCCCACACCAGACAUACAGCAGGAGAUAGUCAUUCUGGAGAGACAAUGGAGUGCCCGUAUUGUAUGGAUGGGAUGUGAUGUCUCUGUCUCUGAGCAUGUGCUCAGUGUGAUUGGUCUCAUUGGUCAGAAGUUUCCCUCUUGUCCAAUCAAAGGGGUGUUUCACAGUGCAGUCGUCCUGCAUGAUGGAUUGAUUGAAAACCUUGACAAAUCCCACUUUGAGAAAGUCCUAAAGCCCAAGGUGAAUGGAGCUCUGAAUCUACACCACGCCACAAAACACUGCAAGUUAGACUACUUUGUGUGCUACUCUUCCAUCUCUUCUUUCCUUGGCAAUGCCUCACAAACAAACUAUGCAGCAGCCAAUUCAUUCCUGGACUACUUCUGUCACUAUAGACGGAAUAUUGGACUAUCUGGGCAAUCCAUCAACUGGGGAGCUUUGAACCUUGGUCUCCUGCUUAACAAGGAUCAUUUACACAGGUUUCUGGAGACAAGGGGAUUGAUGGUGAUGGAUGUUACAGAGAUUCAUGAGAGUUUGGAACAAUGCCUCUUGCUAAACAAACCCCAACAGGUUGUAUGUAGGUUUCACAUCAAGAACAUGGUGAGCAAUGUUCUCUCUCAAAAUGCAUCAUUGACCGUGCGUAUGACUGCAUUAGUGGAUGAGGCAGUGCAAAAACUCAAAUUCCAAAAUACACAGUCUGAACAUACUUCUGUGUCAUCUUCCCCAAGUGAAUACAUCAGGUCUGUACUCAGUCAAACAAUUGGUGUUGACAAGCAUGAGUUAGAUGACGAUUCUCCUCUCUCUGCCUUAGGCAUCGACUCAAUGCUAGCCAUGACCCUGCAGAACCUCAUCUUUCAGGAUAGGGGUGUGAAUGUGCCUCUGGUUACAUUGCUGGACCCCAAUAGGACACUGUCUACAUUGGUAUCAAUGCUGAUGGAGAGUACUGAGGGUGAAUCUGAGAAUGAUGAUCAGAAAGAGGACAUGACAGAUGACAUGUUGACAAGACUAUAGAGAUUCCAAUUGAACAUUUAUAAUUGAAAAUGAACAUGUAGAUAUUGGAUUUUCUAAUCAUAUUCACAUGUUUGAGCAGACAAGAGGUAGUUUCCUGGAUGGGAGGGGCUGAAAGAGGUAGUUUCCUGGAUGGGAGGGGCUGAAAGAGGUAGUUUCCUGGAUGGGAGGGGCUGAAAGAGGUAGUUUCCUGGAUGGCAGGGGCUGAAAGAGGUAGUUUCCUGGAUGGGAGGGGUCAUUGAGGAUUUUUUUGUUGCACGUUUGGAAGUGCCCUUGGUGUACAGAGAGCUCAAACCAGUCUAUGGCUAUCUCUGUGUUGCUUUUUGUAGGUGUUGAGCAUUAGUAUUGAAUGUAUUAAAGGCCGAGCUAAAGUCAAUGAACAAGAUGCAUGCGUAGGUGUUAGGUGUCUCCAGGCGUUGCAAUGUGUGGCAGAAUGCCAGGAUGACAGCAUCUUCGACAGACCUACUAGCUCUGUAGGCAAACUAGAGUUGAUCCGUCAAUGGUUUUAGGUGGGACUAGGCGUUCAAAUGCUUUCAUGGCCACAGAAGUCAGGUCGACGGGUCUGAAGUGGUUGAAGCAGGUUGUCUAUGCGCUUGUUUCCUCAAACUGCUCAUAAAACUCAUUAAGCUUGUCUCUGGGAGGUAAGGGUCCUCAUUUGAAGUGGUGGGUUGUUUUUUUUGUGUAAUUUGUCUUCUCCUGUAAGCUUUUCCAGACUGAUCUGGAGUCAUUGACAGUGAAUUGUGCUUCCAAUUGUUUUGUCCUUCCUUGCAGAGCGCAGUUCAAAUUUGGUUGAUUUUGUAUUUUUCUUAAUCUCCAUUGAUGUAGGCAGGAGUUAUUUUCCCUACAUAGUAAAGCUAGUUAUUUUGAGAACCAGGGCAUGCUGUUGCCAUAUCAUGUCCCGAUUUUGUGGAGAUAUUCAGGGCAUGUGACAAAUAAAAUUUGAUUUGAUACCCCGUCUCUACACAGAACCGGAUGCAUGACGUCACAGUGUCUGUGCACUCAUCGAGUGUGGUACACAUUGUACAUUCAAAACAGCCCUUCAGAGAUUCAACGGAAUCUGUGGACCAUAUUUGAACCGUUUCGGGACUUUGGUUUGAUAAUUUUGAGUUUUUGUUUUUGUUUAUACGAAUGAGGAGCAGCAUCUCAAGGUCAGAUUCUUAAAGUGGAGCUCUAGGGAAUGCAUGGUAAGCAGAUGAGAUUGAACUGUAUCAGUGGUCUAGAAUUGUAUCUUCUCUUGUGGGGCAUGUCACCAGUUGUUUAUAGUUAGGUAACUCGUGGGGCAGGUUGAUGUGCUAGUUAGCUGAUGGUAUUGCUGGCGUUAGCUUGCGGUGGUAUGUAAACACCGGUUAGCACAAUUGUCUCAAAUUCCCUUGGUAGAAUGGCCUGCAGUUCAUAGUUAGGAAUUCAAGGUCAGGGGAGCAUGGUUGAUGUACUGUGGAGUUGGUACACCAGCGCUGAUUAAUCAUGAAUCAGAUACAACUGCCUUUUGAUUUUUGAGAACUUGAAUGAGCUGUCGGAUGGUAAAAUCCAGGAGGGAAUACGGCCGAGUUUGUAACAGACAUGUCUCGAUCAGACACAUGAUUCUCUGGAAUCUCUCAUAGUUUGGAUCAAAAGUUCAUUUUCUAUUCCUGAGUGAACGAACAUCGUUAGCAGCAAGGCAGGCAGAGGGGGCAGUAGAGACAUCCUGAACCUAGAUAGUAUGCCAGCUCGCCUUCCAUGUCUGGAUGUAUUCCCACCUGUAGCAGCCCAGGUAUGUUUUUAGUCAGUAAUCCCACAGGUAAAGAAAGAUGCUGUGGACCAAAGACUCCAUAUUAUUUCUCCCUGAUGUUUAGAAGAUCCAAGCAACUAUAUUUGUGUAAACAUUAUGAUUAUAUUUCUGUAAUAAUAUUUAUUAAAGAUGUUAUGCAAUAUUUUGACAUUAUUACAAAAUCGACUUUUUUAAAUUUUAGAACAUGAUGUUUUUACACUUUUUUUAACAUGUUUAUCUGUUAGGAUAUUACUCUAUUCUUAUAUUAAUCUUAAAAACAGGUACUAAUCUGUAAUGUAUUUCUUCUGUAAAAUGUUAAAUAAAAUGAUUUCAAAUUAACCAGUUUAAAGUCACUUUGAACUUUUAAUUAAUUUAUGUAUUUGCUUUUUAUUUGGGGGAAACCCUAUUGUAUUUGAUUUUUAUUUGGGGGAAACCCUAUUGUAUUUGAUUUUUAUUUGGGGGAAACCCUAUUGUAUUUGAUUUUUAUUUGGGGGAAACCCUAUUGUAUUUGAUUUUUAUUUACCGAUUCCCGUCAGAUGGUCAGGCUUAGGAGUUUGCAACCUUGCAUGAUAGUAAAAAGCCUAUUGAAACAAUAAACAUUCAAGUGGGCUUGAGCAUAUAUAUCAAAAGCAUAUUGCGUGAUCUGUUUGACUUUGAGUUCUGAUAUUUGGCAGAAGUACAGAAGUAGCUUGCUCUUUCUCAUCCUGAUAUUUAGACAUUUAUAUACUUUUCUUUGCAUAUCACAAUUUCAUCCCAACAAAACGGAAUAUUAAAAACAAGAAACAAAUAAUUCCACAUAAUUUUUUAUUUAUCCGUUAUUUUACCAGGUAAGUUGACUGAGAACACGUUCUCAUUUACAGCAACGACCUGGGGAAUAGUUACAGGGGAGAGGAGGGGGAUGAAUGAGCCAAUUGUA